AUGCAUCCCGAAUGUCUUGCUCGCUGGCUCCCUAACCUCUUCCCGCUGCUCUUCGUCGCCCUACGCGCCGCCGCCGCACCCACAGACGUCCCCUCCGCAGCCUCCUUCUACAUCCCCUCCAUACCACACAUCCACCAAAAUGCCGAGCACCCACUCACCAUGUACGGCGGUCACCUCUCGUCAGACCCCGACCUCGCCACCAAGUCCGCCAAGGACGUAACUCCGCACCUAUAUUUCUUCAUGGUCAAGAACCGGCGCACCGCGGACAGGGAGAGACUGGUCUUUUGGUUUAACGGUGGGCCAGGAUGCUCCUCGUUUGACGGUGCGAUGAUGGAGGUUGGGCCAUGGCGGUGGGACGGCAAGUCUGAUCAUGACUUCUAUGUCAAAGACGGUGGUUGGGAGGAGUACACCACCAUGGUAUACAUCGACCAACCUGCCGGCACAGGUUUCUCUUACACGAGUACUGACCAAUAUGUCCAUACUAUCGACGUCGCGCAAGCGCAACUCCUCACAUUCUUGAAGAACUGGUAUGAUGUCUUCCCAGAGUACAAAAACAUGGAUACAUACAUCGGCGGAGAGAGUUUCGCCGGCCAAUGGAUACCUUACUUUGCCGAUGCUAUGCUAAACUCGACACUCAAUAUCCCGCUGAGAGGCAUCGCCAUUGGAAACGGAUGGAUAGACUCCAAGUCGCAGUACCCCGCGUAUCUCGAGUUUGCGGUGAAGACUGGGCUGGUGGAGGAUAACUCAAAGGAGUGGAAGGUGGUAAAAGGGGAAGUAGAUAAGUGCGAGGCUGAGCUGGAGAAAAAGAAGGACAACCCGAUGUCUGUCCGUGCUUGCUCCACUAUUAUUCGGUCGGUUAUGGCGGCACGAGAACAUAAGAAACAGGGCGUCGACAUGUGCAUCAACAUUUACGACAUCCGGUUAGAAGACACCUCCCCAGCCUGCGGGAUGAACUGGCCUCCAGAAAUGCCCCAUAUUACCAAGUUGCUCGGCCGCCCCGAAGUCGUCAGCGCCCUGCAUGCAACGGCACACCCGGGCAAUUGGAUCGAGUGCCGCACCGAUGUCCACCGCGCGUUCCACGAGAGCACGUCCGAGUCGUCUGUCAGCGUGCUCCCGCGCGUGCUGUCGAAAAUCCCGGUGUUGAUCUUCGCGGGCGACCAGGACUUGAUUUGUAACUAUAUUGGACUGGAGAAUAUGAUCAAGGCGUUGUCGUGGAAUGGGGCUACUGGGUUGGGUACCGUACAGACACAGCCAUGGACCGUCAACUCGCAACCAGCGGGCACCUGGGUCACCUCGCGCAACCUGACAUAUGCGAAGAUCUUCAACGCUUCGCAUAUGGCGCCGUUCGACGUCCCUCACAUAACGCACGACAUGAUCCUGCGGUUCAUGGGUGUCAACUUCACGGCGCUUGUUGAUGGGUCGGCGAGGAUACCGAGCGCAGUGGGCAGCGAGUCGAAGGCGAUCUUUGUAGAGGAGCAUGAGGCGAAGCCGUCUGGGGUGGCGCCGGCGAAGACGCCGGAGCAGGAUAAGGCUAUGUGGGAAGCGUACUACAACGCAGGCUCAGCCGCACUCGUCCUCGUCCUGGUGUUCGUCGUCAUCGGCACCUUCGUGUGGUGUCGCCUACGGAAGAAGCGUGUGCAGCUGCCGUUCUCCCAGGCUGAAGAGAGCAUACCGCUGAACUCGGCACUCCGGAGAGAAAAUGGCGAUGAUAGCGAAGACGACGUAUCAAAGAAGGGCAAGGGCAAACAACGGCAGAGGGUAGAUGAGACGCAAGCUGACGCGCCGAUUUUUGAUGUGGGAGAUAGUGACGACGAGGACUAUAAGCAUACUUCGACGAAGGCAAAGUAG